GCGUCCCUGGGCUUAGGGGUGCAACGGCCGCGCCGGCGCGCCCCGUCGAUACGGCGCCACACCGCCGCCCCAGCCCGAGCGGCCGAAUGCACGCGCUCCGCACUACGCCGACUUCUCAACAUCCACACAAAUUAAUUCUACCAAAAACUACAGAAUAUCAAUAAUAAUACCAACCAAUCACAAAAACCCGCGCAAUUUUCCCAUUUAAACAGUGAAUCCGCCAUCAUUGGAACCAGUUUUCUUUUAUCCAUUUUAUUUAUUUCGUGUGCCAGUGACACAAUGCCUGUUAGAGUGCUGUGAUGUAUGAAAUUAUUUUGGAAUCAGUGUUAAUUUUUUGAUAAACUUUUUCAUGGUUGUCGUUAAAAUAGAAGUAAUUUAGGACGCAAUAAUAAAUUGGUGAUGUGACGAGCUUCUUGCGUAACAAUCAGUAGCAGCGUCGGUGUGGUGUGGUGCGCGCGGUGAUGUCGUUAUGGAGGUGGUGCUGCCGCUGGCGGUGGUGUGCGUGCUGGUGAGCGCAGCACCCAACGCGACGCGAGCGCGCCACCCCGACGACCUGCCCGAGGAGCCGGUCCUGCCUGAUGAUGAUGAGGAACUGCUGCACAAGCUCGACUACUACGAUGAGGAACGAAUCAAUAUUUCAGAGAAGGGCAUGUACCUGGGGUCGCCGUGCGAGUUCACCUGCAACCCCAAGCUCAUGCACGUGUACUGCGACCCCACCACGGCCUCCUGCCAGUGCGACCCCAAGCACCCAGUCGCCGUCGGCGUCGCCCAGGGAUGCGCUAAAGCUAAGAAAUUGGGUGAACAGUGUUUCUACCGCGAGACGUGCAAGGCAUUCGACAGUCACGCGUCGUGCGUGCAGGUCAACCACAAUGCGUACUGCCAAUGUGACUCCGGCUACCAUCAGACCAGCCACACCAGGCCAACCAACAGGAUAUUUUGCACCGAAGAUCUGGUGUUGCUGACGGCCGACAUGCCGACGCUACUGGGCGUGGCGUCGGGUAUAUUCGUGCUAGCCGGCCUGCUGUGCAUGGUGCUGCACCUGUACACCAAGGCGCGCUACCACCCCACACACCUGGCCGACGCGAGGCUCACGCCACCUUGUCUGUACUCGCUGAACGAUACAGGAGGCACGUUGAGCGGCACGCGUGCAUCAUCCCGCGCGUCAUCGCGCAGCGGCUGCACGUCGGGGACGCUGGACGAGCGCGACGGCGCGGGGUCUCGGCGCGCGUCGCGGCGUGCUGGCGUGGCGGUGUCGGCGUCGCGCGCAGGUGCGGCGCGCACCGCGGCCAUCUUGCUAAUCUCGCGCCACCUCAAGGCCGUAAGGCGGGACGGCGGCGCGCACCCGCCUAAGUGCGCCGCCAAAGGUUCGCGACGUCCAAGUCUAACUUCUGUGCAAAGCAGUUCAUCGUCUAUCCGAAGCUACAGCGCGAGACGAUGGGAGAGAGAAAGAGAACAGAAGGAAAGGAGACAGAUGAGCAUGCGUCUCGCUCAGUUGCACGACAAGAUGGCGGCUGGGCGGGAAAUGCCGAAGCAUGCCCCGACUCCGUCUCCUCGGUCGCCCAACAACUCUACAGAUGGACUGCUACCGUCUGUAUGUGAAAUUAGAGAAUUAAUUACAAAUCCCGAACAACAGUUGCAAGGAGUGGACGGGCCGUGUUCCAGCUCCUCGCUUUACUGACACCAGGCCCACGGCAAGACGAGGAGGUCGCUGGACUCCUUGUCAUCAGACGGCUCGCCAGCCAUCGCCUGGAUGUAGACCGUCAUACCUCGGAGUGACUGAACUGUAACAAAUUACCAAAUUAGCUACCCACUAAGAAAACGUUUAGUGUAUGACCAUCGAAUGCAUGUACAUAGAAGAGUGUAAGGAACUUGUAAUGAUGACAGAGACCCCUACUAUUUCACGUCAGGCACCGUAAGCCUACGAUCCCAGUUGUUGAUAUUGUAAGUAAACGCUUAAUGCUUAUAAUUAGAUCGAUGAGUUUCUGGUUACGUCAUGUGGUGCUUGAUAUUGCUAGAACUAUUUCUGGGUUUUGAGGUUAACAUGAGUAGCAAGUACGAGAAGCUGGGAUUAUUUUGUGUCAUAGAAAAAUAUGAUGGGGUAACGGAAAUAUGAAUUUUGUAAGCAAAAAAGUGAAAAGCUACUUAGCAUACAUACGAAGUAGAUAUAAUUUAUUCAUAACAUUUUCUAACAAAUAAGGUAUGAUAUUAUGAAUUCUGAAAUCAAGCAACAUAUGACGUGGUCCUGAACAUUCCAGAAAAUAAAAGUAUAAGACUAGUUAAUGAUAGUGUUGUAAUUUAAUAAAAAGUUGUUAUAAGCGCAUUUAUAUGAUUUGUAUCGGUUAUACGUGAACCUCUAGAUUUAUAGGUAAAUUUACGCAAUAAGUUGAUGUUAAAUCGAGAUGUAUAUUGAUUUGUUAUUUAAUAUUAUUAUGCGUGGAGCGAGUGAAUUGAUUUAUGUGUUUAUAUACGUAAAUAAAUCACCAGAUUAUUUUUAAACAUAUCGUUUUAUAUAAAUAUGGUAUCGACUGUAAGAAACGGCUAUAAUACUUUUUAUAUUAUCUACUUUUACUAAUGUACCUGAUUGUUGUUUUCGUUUAAGUGUAAGUGAAUUCAACGCAUCCAUUUUGUUUUUGGACAAACAUAAUAGCGAGAUACUAGGAUUAAUAAAUGUCAUGGUUGGAAUCUGUAACACGGUCACUUCGCGAGCUAUCCGGCUGGAAUGUGAAGUAGACUAAUGAGUACAUAUUACUAGACUUAACACACAUACAGCUUGACCGUAUUGGCUGGUUCAUAUUUUAUUACGAACGUAAUUAUCAUUGGAUGAAAACUAAUUAAUCUGGAAAAUCACAUCGGACAGCUAAUAUUAGCCGGCUGGUUCGAUAAUUGACCGUGUUAUCUGGUUUAUCUGGUAAUCGUGUACAUUUAAGGUAAUAUAGGUAUGGAGUGGUUGCGAUGUGGCUCCGGCCAGGCCUUAUAGUUCAGGAAACUGGAACACGGAAGUGUGCUGAUUGAUAAAGCAUAGAAAACAAAACAUUUUGUACUCGUAAUGUAAAUAAAUAGUUCGAGAAAUAGUUAAUUUAGUGUUCGCUUGCUGAAGUUGGUUGUCUGACACUGUCUGCUUGCUCUAAGUACCCAAGAUAUUAUUUUUAUAGGGUCAUAGUUUAAGGUUAAGAUGAAACGCACAUCCCGAUAAAAGUUAAUAGUUUCUAAAAAGACUUUCAGUGAAGUAAAUAAUAAUUCAUUGUCAUCGCCAAACUUUUUAGUAGCAUGCAUCAACUAUAUUUGACUCCUUUAACUUUAAUAAUUGCUUAACACAUGUAAGUACAAAGUUUACCACCAUCAUGAUGGUUUCGGUCAGUCAGACACCCAAAAGCCUUUCAGCUUCUAAGCGAACCUCCACCCAUUCGUAUACAUGAUACACCUCCUAGUAUUCAUCAUUCGAUUAUUUCGGAUGUUUAUUCUUAUAGUCUGAUCUCAUAACCUUCCUCAUGCUGCUUACCAAAACGGUAGAUAGGAUAAUUGAAUCUAAUUCCUGUUUUCUUUGAGAACCGAUGAAACAACAGCUUUGUGUUGUGGUUCCAUCCAUUCAUUAUGAUAUGAAUAAAGGUGCUUAUCCUUUGUAUUUCCUUUUAAAUCAAUCGAUUGUGAUAAUGACCUACUACCUUAAGAAUAUGGUAUUGAAGAAAAAACAGCCAAGUGACGUAGACUUGAGAGUUUGGUGUCACAUCUCCUACAAUUUCUCCUUAUUCCUUUCAAAAGCAGACAGUGAAAGAUAUAUUCAAUAAAAAAUUCGAUCAAAUUAUGUAAUCGUGAUAAUAAAUUGUAGUCAUUUAAAGAGUAUCCCGUUGUUUUGUAAUAGCACAAACUGAAGGCGGUUCUAACAAAUAAUUACUGUGGAUUCGACGUCGGAUAUGUUGUGUUAUCGCUGUUUGCAUUGCCAAAAUAAAAUGUCAACUGAAA